UCAGUGUUUGAUAAUAUGCUAUUUAUAUUUUCAGCCCUCGCUCAGAGAGAAGAUAAAACUAUUUGCAAGAAAGAUAAUGGGUAUUUUCCUCACGAAGAAUACUGCGACUACUUCUAUGAAUGUGUGGAUGGCGUUCCGUACCUACAAUCAUGUCCCAAUGGUCUAGCAUUUGCUGGUGCUGGAAGAGGUCUUAUAAACCAUUGUGAUUACGCUCACAGAGCAGGCUGCCCGGAUGAGGCAACUGGGAGGAUCAUGGGUCAGCCACCUCAAGGAACUGGCAGCUGCCCAUACUUAUUUGGAAUAUUCCCACACGAGAAGAGUUGCACUAGAUACUGGCAUUGCUGGAAUGGCACUGGAACAGUACAGAUGUGCCCAUUUUCUUUAUUAUACAAUGAAGUAGAGCAUGCUUGUGACUGGCCCGACAAAGUUCCAGGCUGUCAACAACAUCCUCUUUGCAAAGGUAUUCCCAAUGGAGUGAAAGAAAUGCAAGGAUCUUGCGUUCGUUACUGGCUGUGUGUAGGAGGUUAUCCCAGACUGCAAAGGUGUCCAGCUGGACUAGCAUUUAGUGCAGAAUCUCUCCGUUGUGACUGGGCUCCUACUGUUCCUGGAUGUGAACCUGCAGAAGAUGCAGCUCAACAAGCACCAACUAGGGGGCAACAAAAUCACAGGGUCACACCAUCAGAAGAAGAAGUGACCUUAAACUAAAGCAGCAUUUGUUAUAAAAACUGUUUCCACUAGAUCAUUGUUUUCAUAUUUUUAUUUCACUGUAAGCUUAUUUUGUAACUUUCAGUUAGACUGAAAGUCACAAUAUUUGCAUUCGUUGCUAGUUACACAUAAAAAUCUAGCAAAAAUAUACAACUGUUAUACAAAGCAGUCAAAUUUAAAAUAAUAUCAAGUAAGUUAGUAUUUUCUUGUAAAUAAAGGUACAUUUAAAAAAUUCAUUUCAAUACAAAAUGUUAUUGGUUUUUAAAAUUAUAUUUUUAGAUCUAUAUGGAUACCUUGCUGCAUAGUUCCAGUCUAUAAAAAUAUGGCUAAAAUCAGAUUUUUCAAUCACAUUCUGUGAAUUCUGUAAAUGAUAUUACAAAGAAAUCUUAGUGUUUUGUACAUAUGCACUUUUCAUGAAGAAAGGGUUUUAAAGAAUCUUAAGCUUUUCUUUUCCUACACCUCAGCACUUAAAAAUAAUGUACCCCCCCCCACACACACACCAAAAAAAAAAAAAAAAUAUAAAAUAAUCAU